CGGUCCUACCCAAAACUAGAAGUACCCGACCCGACCCUAGGCUAACCAGAUGUGCAAUUUACCCUGUUUAGGUACCUCCAUAGCCUUAGCAGCUUAGGCGAGGGGCUUAUUGUAGUCAAUUUGUAGGUACAUACAUCCUCUACCUUCCUACCUUGUAAUUACCUACAUCCAUAUCCAUACAUUGUAUCCACCAUCUACGUGAUUUACUCCAUGGCAGUCCAUGCCUACCUACCAACCAACCAACCAACAUACCUACCAAUAUCCAGGUAGUCAUGGUACUCUCCAGUAUCUCGAAACUCCAGAACAAAGUCAUUGACUGAACAUCAUACAAUAUCUCUUUGUCGCUUGACUCGUUAAAAAGAGGCUCCCAAAACUCACCUGGGCACCUACACAUUUUCGACUUAUCGUGCGGUUGAACCAAUACCUACUCAACUCAACUCAAGCCAACUCUACGCUCACGAAAUUAUAAUAGCUCACACCUUGUCCCAAGCACAACACCGACCGGAGCGGAGCCCAACCCCCUCCAUCCGGUGUAUAUGCCAUGGGGCGACCUCCGGCUUACAUAUUCAUAGUUAGGCAUGGAAAACGCCUCGACGCCGCCGACAAGCAAUGGCAUUUGUCUUCGCCUACACCUUAUGACCCUCCUUUGACCUAUGGCGGAUGGACGCAAUCUAAAAUCGUUGGGGCAAGGAUCGCCUCUAUCCUACAAGAAAAUGGAAUAGAUGACGAACCUACUACUGCCAGUCAAACACCUUAUACGUUCCCUCAUAAACAGAAAAAACGUCGUUACAACAUUGUAAUACAUAGCUCACCCUUUCUCCGAUGCGUCCAAACCUCUGUUGCCAUAGCUGCUGGCCUUGCUUCGAACCCUCCUCCAGCCGCUCCCAUCGAUAGGUCUCCCUCCCCGAGAAGUUCACAAAUAUCCCCUUCAAGCUCUGCUACAAGCAUACAGCCUCUUGCGUCUACCAAUACCAAUACAGGCUUGUCACAAGAUCCGGCAAACCAGAAUGUGCUUGAUAGGUCGGUUUUGAGAUUGGACCCUUUCCUCGGGGAAUGGCUUUCCCCUGACUACUUUGAACACAUCACGCCUCCCCCAAAGUCUAGUCUAAUGCUGGCAACUGCCAAAGCUGAGCUGUUGCGGCGAGAGAAUUACAAUGAUUAUCCUCAUUUCUACGCUCGACAUGCCCCAAGCACAAACACAAACACUUCCUCUCAACUAUGGAGUGCUUCUCCUACUCGAGGAAGCCCUCUAAUAACUUCUAUGACUCCUGACUCUGAUGCCCUUGAAGGCCUCGACGGCCUUUCUGCCCUAAAAGGUGGCCUGCCGCGAGUUAGGAGUGAGUCUGUCGGAACCUUAGACCCGAAAGCAGCACAGAAGCUUUCUCAUCCCUUAGACCCGAGUUGUAAUUCGGGAUACAUAGCUCCAAUUCCUGCUUAUGCUCUCUCUACCUCUGAGCCCAUACCCAAGGGGUACGUAGCGCAUGCUCGUGACGCUUGUGUUGACAUCGACUACCAGUGGGAUUCCAGUAGAGACAACCUUGGCUGGGGAGACGGUGGCGUAUUGCCCGAGGAAUGGGCGGCAAUGCACCAGAGGUUCAGAAAGGGGCUCAACCGAUUAGUUGAGUGGUACAGCACUACAGAAAAUCCAGGAGAAAUGGUGACUAAAACAGUUUCGAACCGAAACCCCAUCAAGCCACCAGCCGGAGAGGAGAGUGACAUUAGCAGUUUGCCAGCCGAAAGUGAUCAGGAAGUUGAGACAGAAAAUGUCGUGGUUCUUGUUUCACACGGUGCUGGCUGCAACGCCCUCAUUGGCGCCCUCACACAGCAGCCUGUACUUAUCGAUGUCGGAAUGUCGUCUAUUACAAUGGCACAACGAAAACCGCAUUUUGACCAUGAUCUCGAUCCCAGUAUUUAUAAGAAGGUACCAGCUUCACUCGAAGAGCCUCUACUUACCAAGCAACCCACCAUGGCAGAAAUAUUCGAGCUGAAAUUGUUCGCAAAUACCGAGCAUCUUCAUUCUGCGGCUACUCCACCUGCGGUUAGCCGUUCAGCUUCUGCUGGUGGCCGUAACCCACGUGGUCGUUAUGGUAACGGGUUUCCUUCGGCAUUGAAAGAUAUCAACUUUGGCGCCUCCUUAUACGGGGGCUCGCCAUCAGGAAGCCGAAGUAACUCACUAAAUGCCUCUCUUGGGAGCAUGCGAAGGGGAUCACCAGUAUUGGCAUCAUCUAUAUGGCCUCCGCCCAAUCACGUAGGGUCCGGGGGCAUAACAGUUGGUAGCGGGGUCACUAGUUUCUCAUCAACUCGGCCGAGUCGUCCAGGCUCAAGUGGCUUAUGGGCACCGCCAAACCAAGAGGACGAUCUAACGGAGAAAGUAACGCCAACGCCAUUUCCAUUGCUACCCAGCCAUGACGAGGAAAAUGAGACAAAGGAGACAAAUGGCAAGGAUAUCCCCAAAGUACAGGAGCAAGAGUCUAGUUCUAACGACAUGGUGUCUGCGCCAUCGCCCAAGAAAGGGAUAUUAACUCCAAGACCACAAACUUCGCAGGGCGAAGAACGAGAUAAAUUUGAUGGGGAUGCUGUUCCCCAGCUUUGGGCCGGUGUGGGCAAUGGGGGCCUCUGGAGUGUCCCGCGACCUCCAGGUGAGGCUGAGCGGAUUCGGGAUUUCACCUCCUCGAAAAGACGCUGGACCGUUAACGAGCGAUGAACGUUCAGGCUAUACCUAUCUGCCUACCUAAGUAUCUACUCCACUUUACACAACAUUCAUCCUUCAUCUCUUCUUACCCAUCACAGUGCCGAGGUCCCUACAUUAUGGCCCCUCACUUGGUAGCGUCUGGCGUUAGUAUGGUUCUUGGGCAUAUCCAGAGGAAAAAUAUUGGGCGGUCAUUUUUAUUUAUCUAUCGAUAUAUAUAUUUCUUUACUUGAUUUACUCCUAAACCCCCCUUCAGGCAGAGGCGAUACCCAUCAUUCGCGGCGAGCUACAUACCUAGUUGAACCUGUGCUCUUUUAUUAUAAUUUAGGAGUCUUUUCUUUUGGGAAUAAGAUUUCCUCGUAGUUUGAUACUUGUACGUUUUCUAAAACUAAAAAAGCGAUAUUCACGGGACAGGUUGGGUUCAUAUUGUUGUAAUUGUAUUGCAUAUUGCAUAUUCGCUAGGUUAGGCUAAUAAGCAUCUAUCCAGCUAUCAUCUAAUGGAGGCAUAAAUUCCAUAAUUACCUACAUACGAAUUACUGAAAAAAAAAAGAUGAGCUACU